AUGAUGACGAUAAGCGAGAGCCAGUACUCCUCGAACAAGAUGUCCAGCAUCCACAAAAUCAACGACCGCGUUGUGCAUAAGGACAGCUUUGAUGACGUCAAAAGCUCGUCCAGCGUCAACAGCACACUAAUAACAAAAAGGGGCUUCAAGCCUUCUGACAUGUACGACCCACAGAAGAAGGAGUUCCUAACAAACCUCAGUUAUAAGUUGUUCCCUAAUGAUGCAGAAGUACCUCGAGAGCUACCGCAAAUGCUACCGCCGGAACCUAAAUCCGAGGACAUGGAGAACAAGCCAAUCAUCGUGGGCGACAAGGAAGUGGACCUGAACAAGAUAUUCACACCAGCCCCUGAUGCCGAGGAGCAUAUCAUUAAGAAGGAUCGCAAAUUCGAGAAAACCUUCGCGUCUUCGGCGUUCUACGUGCCGGGCGUGCACCCGACCGUGAAGGAGCAGAUGGACCUCGCGAGGGCCAUCUCCAAGUCUCUCAGCGACUCCAGCAACCACACCAGCAGGGGCCAGAGCAUGUACGUCAACAGGAAGAAGCGCUCCGUAAAAUGGGUCCACGAGGGCAGAGGUCGCAACACAUCCAACACCAGCUCGACCCCCACGCCCGUUGCGAACCACGACACGCCGUACCGGCCGCCGUCGAGCGUGCGCAACCAGAAGACGUACCCCAAGUCGGCGCUCAAGCACACGCCCAACCUGCCCAAGAUGGAGCCGUUCCCGCUCUCGCCCACCAUAACCCUACAGGACAUAGAGGUGCCCGUGCCCCUGGCGCCGACCAAGCUGAACGACGUCUACGCGUCGCCGAAGAGCCCCCGCUUGCCGCUUGUCUGUGGGCCGAAUUUCAAUGUCGCGCCGCGAGGCUGGGGUGAAAUGCAGGCCUACUACAGGCCGGUUUCGCUAGAUGGCGUUGGCAAAACGGCGCCCGCCUACACAGAUUAU